AUGGACACCAACCCCAUCACCCGCCGAUACGGCCCAGAGCCCCAAAAGCCCAAGAAUAGCGGUACACUCCUUAACCAGACACGCGCCAGAUUGGAAAGGGCCCAAUCCCUCUUUCAUGUCGGGUCUUCGGUCUGGGAAAUAUGGGUGGGCGGCAGACAGGAGAGACGCGUUGUUAGUGACUGCACGUGGGAUGAGGGCCAGGGGUAUGUGGUCAUGGAGGAGUCUGCGAUGAAGGAUCUUGGCUGGCUUGAGGAGUAUUCGUUGACUUCGGAUGGGCCAUGA